AUGACUUAUGCAGUGGAAACUAAGGCGGAGACAAGCAAAACAAAAGCCAACUCGCGUGCAGCAGAAAUGAAAACGCUUAGAAAAAUAGCAGGACGCACAUUGCAAGAUAGAGUUCCGAGCGCAGAAAUAAGAAACAUGUUAGAUGUUCAAGAUGUGGUAAGAUGGGUAAGAGCUAGGAGGCGUGCCUGGAAUGAACACGUCUCUAGAAUGCAGAGUGACCGCAUUGCAAAAAUAGCAAGGGAUGGCAAGCCAAGCAACACCAGGCCGCCAGGCAGACCACCUAAAAGAUGGAUCGAGUGCUGGACAUCAACUUCUCAAGAGGCGAACUAA